AACGCAGAGACGCAGAGUAGGAUUGGCAUUGGUGUCGUUUAAGUUUUGUGGUAGCUUUUCUGAGAAUGUCUUCUGAGAUAUCUGGAGACGGAAGUCCAGGUGUGCAGUUCCUGAAACAAAGGUUAUCUAGCUUACAAACAGAGCAAGGAAGAAGGCAUGGUUUAAGUUUUAAACCUCGACCAGAUGACGUGUUCGUCGUGACAACACCUAAAUGCGGCACUACAUGGAUGCAACAGAUUCUACAUCAGUUACGUAGUGGUGGCGAUAUGUCAUUUGAUGAGAUUUCUGAUGUGGUCCCUUAUAUCGAGAUGGCUUAUGAUAUCGAAAUAAACCUCGACGCUGAACAGCGCUAUCAACCACGGUAAGCUUCACUGAUUCAGUGAAAAGUAGCGAACUGGAUAGUGCAUAGGCUGAUCUAGUGAUGUGCUAACACAAAUGCAUUUUAUGUAUACACUAAUACAUGUUUGUGGCCCGUAGCGGCGUAGGAAGCAUCAAACGUAGGAAGCAUCAAGUCACUUAUAUAAUUAUUACCUUUCAUGAAGGGAUAAUAUCAGACCUUUCAACUCUCACGCAUUUUGCGUGAGACACACGCAUUUGACAUAUUUCUCACGCUCACACGCAUAAACACUAUUUUCUCACGCAAAAGCGAAAAAAUAGGAAGCGAUCCAACUUUUGUUUUAACGCUUCUCUUCGCAAGCAAAUAUUCUUAUUUAGCUGAAUCAAUAGCUAUAAAAUAAAGUAUUUUUCGAGCAGUUGCUGUGUAAUGUAUAGUACUGCGUAAGGGACCGGUCAUUAUUUAUGGAAGGGGGGGGGGAGGGAAAAAAUAAGGGGGGGCCAUAUGUAGAAAUAAAUGACAAGAAGGGGGGGCUAUUAAAUUUUUUCGAGAAAAUGACGGGGGGGGGUUGCAAUUAAAUUUGAAGGAAUUUGCUUAAUAACCUGGUAUCCAUUUGGUUGUAAAUGUUGCAACUAAAUCAUGGUCACUGAUGUGAAAUAGUCUGGAUUCAUCUUGUCUUCUGUGUGCUGUAUGCAAAUCAGAUUUACGGUUUGCAGACUAGUUAAAUUGACAAUGUAUUAUUACAUCAGCCCUUGAUGUGGUUAAAUACAUUUAAAUUAAGCAAGGUUAACGGCGGAUGUAUUAUGCAGGCCACAUCUGCUGAGGGGAGUCUGUGACGUCAUAUCGAUCAAAGGUUGUUUCAUGCCUUGUGAUCAGUGCUUCGGUCUGGGUAUUCAUUCUGCCAUUGUAUGCUUUGCCUAGCUGCAGCAAGUUUUGCGCUUCGAUACCUUUUCCCCACCCACCCACCCAUGUUCAUUCUAAAGGAUUUUAUCUGGUAGCUAGUAUAUGUCAUUUUAUUUUAUAUAAUUUUUAAUCUCACAUAAAAUAGGAUGUAUAGACCACUACUAUACAUUGAUUUUCGCAGGUAUGCCUAGGCAGAAUUGUCAUUGCUAUCUCCUUUUGCUGCUAAUAUUACUGAUUGUUGUUCUCAUUGUUGCUGCGCAGCUGCUAUGGCAAUACUUCGUACCAUCAAGUCUAGUUGCAGCCUUAAACCUUAAACAUGGUUACAAUCGCCCAGACCAAAUGGAAACCUGAUUUUAGUGUUAUAUAUAAAAAUACUCCUCUUUUAAUUAUAAUUUUCUGCUAAUAUAUUUUUGGUCGACGUUAAUAUCUUGCCAGUUCCAUAUUCUUAUUUAAUAAUUAAUUAGCACUAUAUAAACGCCUGGGUAUCCCCAUUUGACGAGUAAAAGUGAAAAUGAGGGGGGGGGGUCAAAGAAAAAUAUUCCAAUAUGCAGGGGGGGUCAUCAUUAAAUGUCUGCUCUUUUAGGGGGGGCUUUCAAUUUUAAAAAUUUAGAAAAGAAAAAUUCCACCCCCCCCCCUUCCAUAAAUAAUGACCGGUCCCUAAGUUGCACUAUUGCGCAAAUUAGUAAAUUGACACUUAGUUAAUGAGGGAUUUCCCCAGACAACGCUGUAUGUAAAAUAUAAACUAUAAUCUUAUUAACUUCGUGUGAUGAAUUAGCAUUAUUCGCGCGUGGGCAUGAUAAUGCAUAAUAAGCAGCUAAAUCUGCUACUUAUGAAUACAACAAAGCACAUAAGCGCAAGCUAUAACUCAUUAACAUUUAAAUUUAGAAUGACUUUUACUUUUUAAACAAUAUUAACGAAAUAAAAAAUAAAUGAAACUUAUAAUUGCAUGCAGUUGUCCAAAAAGUGUUACUUUUGAGAUUUUUUAAUGUCAUUUUUGUACCUUUAGAAUUCUGUUAAUCUUCUCCCAAAAUGCAGGAAAUGGCAUAUUCAGAGACUCCAGAUUUGAAAAUUUUCCGGGGGGGGGCAUGCCCCAGAACCCCCCUAGGUCAACGCCUGCUAACGGCAGGCGACAGCGGGCUAUAUGACUCAUAUUACAGGAAAUAAUUAAAUCUCACUUCAUUUUCAUGCCACAAAGUUGGAAGGUCUGAUAAUACCAGCCUCCAUACAAAUUGACAUUGCCUGAUUUGUUGUCCUCCGGCAAUUGGUGACACAUUUAUUAAUACAGGAUGGAAUGAUAGGCACCGGAUUGCGGAUUGCAACGUACACUGAACGUUUUUGACGAAAUUAAAUUGUUUUAUUUAUUUAUUUAUUUAGCUUUGCCAUACUUUUUAAAAACAUCGAAAUAUCCUAGAAAUUUCCUUCAUUGGAUUUACUGCCAAAGUGAACAGAGUGAAGCUGUCACGACAUUCAUCACAACAUUCGCACCGACAUUUUUCACGACAUUAGGGAUCGGUCAAUUUAUUUAUGGAAGCAUUGGAGGGGGGGUGGGGGGGGGAGGGGAAAUAAGGGGGACCAUAUCUAUAAAUAUAAAAUGAUUAGAAGGGGGCUAUUAAAUUUUUUCAAAAAAGUGAGUGGGGGCCGGUGCAAUUAAAUUUGAAGGAAUUUGCUUAAUUCUAGCCUACGGUGUAGUGGGUCUACACCGUAGGCUAGCUUAAUUCAGGCCUGGUACCAUUUGGUUGUAGCCUGCGAGCAGGCUCUCAAGGUAAACUGAGAGCCUGCACUGAUGGCAUACAAUUUUGAAUAUCUGCGUCUCGAAUCGGGAUGCGAAAUUCUCAUUGGUCAGAUGCUAUAAUUUAUAUGUUUUCGCUGAGCUCUAUACAGGGUGUCUAAAAAAAACGCUAUGGAAAUUCAACAGGCUGUCGUGCAUCGUAAACUUAACUAAACAAUUCAAUUUUUACAUAGGACGAAAGAGCUGUUAUUUAGCUUUACUAUGAUACCUUUUUUUAAAUCGUUACGUUGAGAAAUGGCCACAUACUCGUCAAAUAAAAAUUGCCGGUCGAAAUCACAUUCUUCCACCGUUGGGAAUUGAAAAUACAUUAGUUAUGCAAAGUUAGUCAAUCCAAAAGCAACGCGAGCCUGCUGCAAGCUAUUUGUUUCGUAAAACUUUUUAUUACGAGUGUUCUCUGUUCAUGCAGGGGUUAAUUGAACCAUGUUUUAUGGACGUUCUUAAACUGCUCGGGUUUUAGCGGGAGAAGAAGAUAUGCGUGCUUCCACUUGGUUGAUUUAAAAAACAUAAACAACAUGAACGAAGCCUUCGAAAGACAGUUUUUCAGCGGCUGUUUACGCCCACAAAUCACCACAAAAAUUGGAUUCCUGACAAAAAAUGUUGCAGUAAUACUUUAAUUUCCUCUAUUGCCACAUAUUUUACAAUGUAAACUAUUAAUAUCGAUUAUUUCAGUGCAAAACGAAACAGAGCAAAAAUUUUCCUUUUAAAAUGUCGUCUGAUAGCUUCAAUAAAAUGUGAUAUUCAAACCAAAGAUACUAAUAGUUCUUCAUUUUUUACAAAGCCAAGAAAUUUAAUACCGACUUAAAAAUGCUUUGAAAUUUAAUGUAAAACAGCGAUAUUUCGUUGGCACAACCUGUAACAUGACAAAAUUUGUGUUUAUAGAAUUUUGAACGAGCGAAAAUUGUGUUUAAAAAUAAUACAAAGUUUACGCUUCUAAAUGAGAAUCAUACAAAAAUCUGAUUGUUAUGUGUAUCUGUUUUUUAAAUACUUUGAAAACCUAUACAUGGAAAAAUGAUUAUUCCAAUGCUCAUUUUCUGAGUCGCCUUUUUCGAAUAAAUCACACUUGCACGUUAAAUUUGCCAAAAUUCAGUACUUUCUUCAUUUGUUAGGUGAGUUUAUAUUCUAUUAGCAAAAACUAUGUUCUGACGUAAUCACAUUUCGUUGGCACGACCUGUAUAUAUGAGAAAAUUAAGGUGAAAAACAAGCAAUUUUAGCAAAAUACCUCACUACUGAAAUCUAACGAUGAUCGUUGGCGCACAGUAUCACUCAAAAACCAAAUAUUUAUACUUUGUCCUGGACAACAAACGCAUGUACUGCAAAUUUCAAGUAAUAUUCCAUCAAUAUUAAGUUCCUACUCGAGGUUUAAUAUUUGCCAUCAAAAACACACAUUUUGCAAGAAACGUAAUUUUCAGCCAUGUUUCAGCGAAGAAUUCUUGACUGCUAAUUUCCCGAUUGCGACAAGUAAUUGUGGUCUUGAUUAACGUUCAUUAAAGUUUACGUCUGCUAGCUUUCAUUUAUACUUUUCCUCUGUUGCAGUACGAGAAACAGGGUAGCGAAAUCUGUGUUUUUGUUGUUUUCACAAUUUUUGUCAAAACAAAGAUAGAAGAGGACCUCAAAUUGGUCGCAGCUUGGUUUUCGAAAAUAAAUUGUUGAUAAACCCCGAGAAGACAAAGUUACUCUUGAUAGGGACUCGUCAACUGCUCGGUAAGCUCCUUGAGGAGACGACAAUUACAUUUCUUGGAGAAGAGCAGGGAUGCCGGAACCACGGGUGCAGCGGGUGCAGUUGCACCCGUUGCCUUUUGUCUUCACAACUUUACGGGCGCACUACGGGUGCAGAAUACGGGUGCAACGGGUGCACAAAGUGUCCUUUUUGCGUGAAAAAUUUUCAUUAAAAAUUGCAUUUUUUGCGCAAAGGGCAUUUUUGAAAAAUUCAAUCUAUGUUAUUUUCGGAAAAAUGUUUUAAUUUCCGGAAAAAAUAACAUUUUCCGGAAAAAUUUUCGGUAUGUCCGGAAAAUUUUUUUCGUAUUUAGGAAAAAUUGUGGUAUGUCCGGAAAAAUUUUUUUACCCCUAAAAUGGUACACUGACCAAAAAAAUUUUGGCGACGGGGGGGGGAGGUCGCCAAAAAUAAUUUUUAGAUGCCCUUUCAUUUUCAUUAGUGAUUUAGUGCCCUUUUGUUAAGGAAUAUGCCCUCUUGUUAACCAAUUGCACCCCUUGCCCCCAGCAACUUCCGGCAUCCCUGGAGAAGAGACACCAACCACAAAUGCCAAAGACCUGGGAUUAACCCUAGACAGUUAUCUGACAUACGAUUGCCAUAUCAAAAAUGUUGUAUCAUCUUGUAUGGCCAAGCUAUGUCAGAUAAAUAGAGUAAAGGAUAGCUUUGAUAGGGAUAAUCUUCGCUUAAUUAUUAAUGCUUUAGUAAUGAGCAAACUUUAUUAUAAUUGCUCUACAUUAUGGUCAAACACUUCUGCAACAAAUAUAAAGAAAUUGAGAGCAGUACAGAAUUUUGCUUGUAGGAUAUUGACAAGUACGGGAAGAUAUGAUCAUGUAACACCAGCACUACGGGCAAUUCGCUGGCUUCCUGUAGAGGAACACUUAAAAUAUAGAGAGACGCUAAUAACAUACAAAUGUAUGAACGUAUUAGCACCACCUUACUUAUCCAAAUUAUUUAUAAAAAGAAAUGAAAUUCACGAUCUAAAUACAAGGAAUAAUAAAGCGCUAUACAUCCCUCAACACAAAACAGUUUCAGGACAAAGAACCUUUUAUUACAGAGCGGUGAAGUUAUGGAACGACUUGGAUGAAGACCUUAAAAAGUUACCUUGGAAAAGUUUUAAAACUAAGUUAAAGAACAAGAUGCUAAACAACAAUUAAUUACAUUUUCUCAUAUUAUAGAUUUAAUGGCUUUUAAAUAGACAAAUAGAUUUAAUGGAUUUAAUGGAUUUAAUAGAUUUAAUGGAUUUUAAAUAGACAAAUAGAUUUAACAAAUAGACAAAUAGAUGUAAUAGAUUUAAUGGAUUUAAAUAGACAAAUAGAUAGACAAGUAGAUUUUAAAUAAACGCUAAUUCAUUUUUUAAAUAGGUAUUGAAAAACCCUCUCCGGGAAUACUUCAUUGAAUAAUAAUAAUAAUAAUAAUAAUAAUUUUGUCCGCAUCCGCAUUUUGUCCUUUUUGUCCGCAUCCGCAUUUUGUGGAAACCGGCUUUAGCUGACAAUGUUAGCGUGGUUAAGUACUAUUUAAAACACGAGAAGGAGUGUUUUAUCAUACUGUUUAAAACGCGAGGCGCAGCCGAGCGUUUUAGAUGUGAUAAAACGCGAGUUCGAGUGUUUUGAAUAGCUUAAAAUACGACUACAAAAGAAUACUAAUUAGGAUGAACAAUUAUAUAAUCAUACUAAUUAGGAUGAAGAAUUAUAUAAAGAACACUAAUGAAGAUGAGUUUUAUCAGAUAUAAAGUCACUCCACGUGACAUAUUAUGGCUGACAUGAUUUGCCACAAGGUUUAUGAAUUUUUAAUGAGUAUUUUAAAUAAAGUUUAUCAUCAUCAUCCUUUUUCUCCGCAUCCGCAUUUUAUCCUUUUUGUCCGUCCGUCCGUAUCCGCGUUUUAUCCCAACCCCAUGCAGUUUCUACUAUGACAAUGGUAACAACAUAAAUGUUUAAUUUUUUUCAAUUUUAACUAAAAAUCUUAUUAAUUAACAACAGCUAGCCAUACCUUCUAAGAAUGACUUGGCAUAUUGCCAUCACCACACAUUCAUCACCCCUCGCAUAGAUCAUUAUACAUCUUCCAGCAAUAUGAAAUUUGUCAUAGAGACCAAAUGAUUUUUGCACGUUUUGCCUUUUUAAUAUUUGUAUGGGCAACACAUACAAAGUCCAUGUUUCACUGAACAAAAUCAAUACGAUUUUCCAUUUUGACAUAUAUGGCGUAGAAUUUUAUGCUGUAUAUAACGAUAGUAAACAUGUCCUGGGCUAAAUGAUUUAUACUGACGCGUUUUUGUGCUAUUUCUUCGAAAUUGUAAUACGAGAUUCCGCACUGCACUUUCAUGCAAAAUGGUUGUCUAUGUUGAGCCUACUGUAUUCUAUAGGAUUUUUAUUUUAAAAUGUAUGGCGCACUGAACUAUAUAGUUCACUGGUAUGGUGUAGUUUAUAACCAUAACCAUACUAAAAUUGUCCUGGGGACCAAAUAAUUUAUGUGCGUUUUUGUGCUAUUUCUCUGACAGUGUAAUACGAGAUUGCGCACCAGUGGCGGCGCCAGGCCUCCGAAUUUUUUUUGGGGGGGGCAUUUGAGGGGCAAACUCAUAUUUUGGUGGGCAAGAUAGAAUUUUUAAACAGGUCGCCCCCCCCCCCAGGAGAUUCGCCCCCCACCCCUCAAAAGGUGGGGGGCGAUAUUCCUAGGAAUGUCGCCCCCGGGGGCGAAUAUCCUAGGAAUGUCGCCCCCGGGGGCGAAUAUCCUAGGAAUAUUGCAUCCCAGGGGGGGGGGGGCGAAUACCCUAGAAAUAUCGCCCCUCUUUAGGAUAUUCGCCCCCAUAUAUGCGAUGUGGUUUAUUCAAAUAAUUUCGUUAUACUUUCAUCUUAUUAGUGCCUUACACGUUUGAGAAUUUCACUCUGCAAAACUAAAGCUUUUUUGUCUUUUUUGAAACGUAUUAUUGGAGUAUUUUAUCAUUCAGAGAUUUACAAACUAAUAUUGAAACUUUGUGUAGGCCUUUAGUCGCUCUUAUUGACUAAUAAUUCGUUACCUAUUCUUUAGGAAUUCUUUAUUUUAAUAUACAGGGUGUAUAAAAAAAACUGAACAGAUUUGAAAUUGCUCUCAAUUGGGCAAAACAGCUAUUAGUAUCCAGUUUUUGAUAUAUAUAGUUUCUUUGGGUACUUAUAAUGUAGAAUAAUAAAAAAAAUUUCGAACUUAAAUUUUGUAAACCAGGAGGGGGUGUCUUUUCCAACAAACUAAAAAUGGCUUGCGCACGAAAUUUAAAAGCUUUAAUCAUAUUUUGAGUUGAUAGAUGGAAAAUCUGUUGGGUGUUUAAUUACUGUACAAAAUUUCAGACAAUUUGCUUUAGUUUAUUAAAUAUUCAUUUUUCUCUAAAAAAUUAGGCUUUCGCAUGCUUAAUUAAUGCCUUUACCUAAUUUGCAUAUUGCUGACAUAUGCAAAUGAAUUAAUUAGCAUGCAAAUAGCUGAUUUUUUAAGAAAAAAUGUAAAUUUGCGUGAAUAGUUAAAGGACUUAAACUAAAGCUAAUUGUCUGAAAUUUUGUACAGUAAUUAAAAUCCCAACAAAUUUUCGAUCUGUUAACUAAACCCGAGUAAUAGAUGCCCUCCCCUAGUGGAUUCACAAAAUUUGAGUUCGUAGAAAGCUAGUAUAAUACUUCAUUAUAAUAAAACAAUAUAAAUAACUAUUCCAGUGCUAAACAAGUAAUUAAACGGGGGUUUCAGGGCCAAACUUCAUGUUAUACAAAAUAUAGUGUCUUCAGCCCUUCAUCCUCUUGGCCCUUUAGCCCCCUAUCCCACCCUGGACCCAAUCCCCAGGACCCCCCUGUCCCCAAGAUCCUUCCAUGACUUUCCGGGAUUUUCCCUGGACUUUUCCGUGAACUUAUUUCCAAUACUUUUCCCAGAACUUAUCCCCAAGUCUUUUCCAAGAUUUUUCCCAAGUCUUCCAAAGACUUCCCCAGGAUUUUCUCAAGAUUUUUUUUUUUUUCAAGACCUCGUCCCCAAGACUUUUUUCCAAGAUUGAUGAAAAAAAUCAUAAGUUUGUGAAAUUUUUUUUCAACACCUUAUAGAAAUAAAAAGAGUAUAAGAAAAAGAUCGUAAAAAUCCGAGGUUGCUACUUGCCAUUUUUUUCCAUAGUCGUUCGGAGUAUGGAAAAAAAAAUUGAAAGAAUCCACAAGUAUUUAUGUAGAAAAAAUAUACAAUAAAAUGGCAAGGAACGAAUUGGUUCAGAAACUGAUGGGACCAAAUAUCGGAUAUUACACAACACCGACGGAUAAAGGAAUCAUGACGAGUCUUUUCAUCCGCGGUAGGAUAAAGAUGGUACGUCAGGUUAUAAAAGGAAUGAAAAAAGAAGGAUUUACAUUAAUAAGAAACGAAACGACUCCGACUCUCCGUCAUAUAGCCAUGCACACUCUAGGAGGUACGAGACCGAUAUCACACGACGUAAACUUUCACUACGUGGAUUUUAUCGGAGUGAAGGGUGAUUUUUCUCACCUUAUUUCGUACGAGGAAACGUUUUUGAAGAAACUAGCGAAAAUGAAAGAAUCGGAUCGUCCCAUUCUUCCAGGAGUGGAAGCGAUCAUGUUUAGAAAAUUAGCACGUUUUUUCGGUUACAUAGACGCUUGAUUUUUUUUUGUAACAUCUUAUAUAAAUAAAAAGAGUAUAAGAAAACAACGAUCGUAAAAAUCCGGAACCGAAAGUCAUUACUUGCCAUUUUUCCAUACUCGUUCGGAGUAUGGAAAAUCUUUUUUUACCUUAUAUGAAAUACGAGUAUAAUAAAAAAAGAUGGCAAGUAACGAUCCGGAUUUUUACGAUCGGCCGCGACCCGAAGGUUUUCGGUCGGUUCGUGAGGAAAUUAGCGCUCCUCCUGUUACACAAAGACCGCAGAGUUUUAAAAAAAGUAUAAAGUCUGCAGCGAAAGAAUUUGAGGAUCGUCGAAAACAACGUAGAAAGGAAGAAAAGCGCUGGAAACCAACUAAAAGAGCAACGGCACAGAAACUUAACGACGAGAAAAAAUGGGAAAGACACAUCGAGAAAGAGGAAAAAAGAUUUCGUAAGGAAGUAUUUCAUUGGAAAUCCGAAGCUCAGAAAUGGAAGAAGGAAACACAAAGACUUCGUAAAAAUGAAAGGGCACGUCAAAAAUAUGCGGAAGUUCGUUAUCGUAAAUUAAUGUCGGGCGAGAUGAGAAUUCGCGGUGAAGAUUUCGAACCUGUUUUACAACAACAUGCGUAUCGAAGACGUGCCCAGGUGUAUACGAUCACACCGAAUAAGAUAUACGAUCCACCUUAUUUUUUAGAUAUGACCGGCCGUCACGUUUGUGAUCUCGUAGAUUCGAUCGACAGAUCGAAAAAAGUACGGGUGACUUUAGUUUGUAUCAUGAAGCAAAAGAAUGAGAUCACGGGGGAAGUAACGAGGGAUCUGAGUCAUUUUCAUUCGAAGACUUACGCAAUUACACGACAAAGUUUAAAGGACGAAAUUUGGGAUGAGAUGCGCGAAAAGAUAUUAGAAUAUUUUGCAAAAUACCAGAAAAACGGUAGUAAAUGGGUGUUGGAUAAAAUAGUUCGGUUGGAGAUUGAGAUUGAUGAAUACGAUCCGGCUCGCGGUUCUGGAUUUGUUGAAAUGCCGAAAGGAUAUACGAAGGGUAAGGGAAUCAUCAACAUGCAAAAUACCGACGACGAAUGUUUCAGAUGGGCGGUGACGCGUGCAUUGAAUCCUGUAAGGGGUCAUCCCGAACGAAUUACAAAAAUUCUUCGUAUUCAAACGGAGAAAUUAAACUGGAACGGUAUAAAUUUCCCGACUGGGAAAAAGGAUGUUAUAAAGUUUGAAAGACAGAAUCCUGGUGUUUACAUUAAUGUUUUUGCAUUCGACGAGGAUUUAAAAAUUUAUCCGUGGUAUAUUUCGGGAAGUCCGGAUUCGAUCAAUUUGGUAUUAUGGAACGAACAUUUUGGUGUCGUUACGGAUCUGUCAAAAUUUAUGGGAAAGCAGUUGAGUAAACACAAGGAAAAGAAACACAUCUGUAACAGUUGUUUGAAUUUUUUUGGAUCUGUGAAAUUAUUGGAAAAACACCGGGAGUUGUGUCUGGAUCACGAAGCGCAGACAUGUAUAUAUCCGAAUAAGGAAGGAAAAGAUAGUAUUUUAAAAUUUAAAAAUUAUAAUCGGAUUCACAACGUUCCGUUUGUAGUAUAUGCGGAUACGGAAUCCUUCCUGGAACCACUUUCUUACGACACGAAAGAAAGUCUGGAUUAUUCCAGUACGAAAAGAACACAAAAACAUAAAGCGUGUAGUUUUGCAUAUCUGAUCAAAUGUUUCGACGACGAGAUUUAUCCACCGAAAUACGUAAGUUAUACACAGCAACACGAAGACGAAGACGUGAUGGUAAAAUUCUACGAGUUGUUGGAAAAGGAUACGAAAGAAAUUUACGAGAGAUUUAAAUUUCCCGUUACGAUUAGGAUGAAACCGGAUGAUGACGAGGAUUUCGGAACAUCCGAGUUGUGUUACGCAUGCAACGGAAGGUUUACGAAAGACAAUCACAAGACAAAAGAUCAUUGUCAUUACACGGGUACGUAUCGCGGCGCGGCAUGUAACCGAUGUAAUUUAACGAUGAAAAAUCCAAGAUUCACACCGGUCUUUUUUCAUAAUCUGGCUGGUUACGAUGCACAUCACGUCGUCAAAUGUUUUGGGGGAAGCGAAGGCGAUGUCAACUGUAUCGCACAGACAUCGGAAAAGUAUAUUUCAUUUACGAAAAAAGUAGCGGUCGAUACAUUUGUGAAUAAAAAAGGUGAGACGAAAACUAAAUUUCACGACUUGCGGUUUUUAGAUUCGUACAAAUUCUUAUCGUCCUCGUUAGGAACUCUUGCGGAAGAUUUGGAAGGGAACGACUUUAAAUUAACGGAUGAAAUGAUGAGAAGUUAUACGUCAGAUCAACGUCGAAUGUUAAAACGGAAAGGUGUUUAUCCGUACGAGUGGAUGAAUGAUUUUGCGAAAUUUUCCGAACCGUCUCUUCCACCACAAAAAGAAUUUUACAGUAGUUUAACCGACGAAGAUAUUACGAACGAAGAUUAUCUGCACGCACAAAAAGUAUGGAAGUCGUUCGAUAUGAAAACCAUGCGCGAUUAUCACGAUCUUUAUCUAAAAGUGGACGUGUUAUUAUUGGCAGACAUCAUGGAAAGAUUUCGUGAGAUUUGUAUGGAACAUUACAAAUUGGAUCCUGCAUGGUAUUAUACGUCGCCGGGAUUGGCAUGGGAUGCGUGUCUGAAAAUGACGCGUAUCCGUUUGGAUUUAAUUUCCGAUCCGAUCAUGUUUAAUUUUAUCGAAAAGGCAAAACGUGGUGGAAUAUGUAUGAUCAGUAAAAGAUAUGCCGUUGCUAAUAAUAAGUAUACGAAAGAUUUUGAUCCGAAAAAGAAAAGUACAUUUUUACCUUAUCUGGAUGCAAAUAAUCUAUACGGUUGGGCCAUGUGCGAAAAACGUCCGUACGGGAAUUUUGAAUGGAUGAAUUUAGAUAGGUUGAAAAACUGGAACAAUCUUCCGAACGGAAAAGGCUGUUACGUCGAAGUAGAUUUAAAAUAUCCGAAAGAAUUACAUGAUUUGCACAGCGACUAUCCGCUGGCCCCAGAACGUCUUCGAAUAGAAAAAGUUGAUAAACUCGUUCCGAAUUUAAACGAUAAGAAAAAGUAUAUCGUUCAUCAUACGACGUUAAAAAAAUACGUGGAAUUAGGAUUGAUCGUGACAAAAGUUCAUCGCGGUCUGAUGUUUUCGGAAAGAGCAUGGAUGGCAGAUUAUAUUCAGUUGAAUACCGACUUGCGUAAAAAAGCCAAGUCUGAUUUCGAAAGUAAUUUUUUCAAACUGAUGAACAAUUCGGUGUUUGGAAAGACGAUGGAAAAUGUUCGCGAUCGUAUCAACGUGAAGCUCGUUAACAGUGAAAAGAAGUGGAAUAAAUUAGUAAAAAAAAGUUAUUACGUCUCAACAGACAUAUAUACCGAGCACUUGGCGUUGGUUCACAUGCGAAGAACGACCGUUCGUUUGGAUAAGCCUAUUUACGUAGGUGUCGCCAUCCUGGAUAUCAGCAAGACGUUGAUGUACGACUUUCACUACAAUUACGUGAAGAAAAAAUAUGGAGAAAAAGCAGAACUUCUUUUCACAGAUACGGAUUCGCUUCAUUACGAGAUAGCGACCGACGACUUUUUCAAAGACAUUACACCCGACGUUCGUCAGAAAUUUGACACGAGUAAUCUCACAAAAUCUCAUCCGUCCGGAAUUCCAUGUGGAAUAAACAAGAAGGUCAUCGGUAUGAUGAAAUCCGAAACGGGUGCGGAUCAGAUUAAGGAAUUUAUAGGAUUACGUCCAAAAUCAUAUUCGACGCUAGGCGACGAUGGAAAAGUGAUAAAAAAAUGCAAGGGAGUUAAAAAAUGCGUCGUGAAAAAAGAUCUGUCACAUCAGCAUUAUAAAGAUGUUCUAUUCGGUGAAAUAGAAAGACGUGUAGGCAUGACGACACUUCGUAGUCAUUAUCAUAACAUUUAUACCGAACGUUUGGUAAAAACGGCACUUUCGGCCAAGGACGACAAACGGUAUAUUUUAGACGAUAAGGUUCGUACGUUAGCAUUGGGUCAUAAAGACAUUCCCGAAGAAAAACGUACAUUAUCAAAGAUCGACUUGGAAUAUAACGGGUCCUGUGAAUUUCCUUCUGUCCAGGAACUGGAAGAACUGAGAAAGUCGGAGGAACCCGCGGAAGAACUGGGAAGGUUGGACGAAAAGAAAGUGGAACUUCAUAUCCCUCCUGCCAUUGCAGCAGCAGAUGGAGUGGUAGGUUUUGCCCGCGACAGGAUCGUACAAAAAGCAUCGAAAGGAAACUGUAGUAUAUCCUAGUGUUUUCUGUAAAACCUUACAAGUAAGUCUUGGUAACAACUUUCAACAAAAUUCAAGACUGUUUUUAAAUUUCUUACAAGUAAGUCUUGGUAAGAACUUUAAACAAGAUCCAAGACCGUUCUUAGAUUUCUUGCAAGUCAAUCUUGGUAACAACUUUCAACAAAAUUCAAGACCGUUCUCAAAUUUUUUACGAGUAAGUCUUGGUAAGAACUUUAAACAAAAUAAAAGAUUGACUUGAAAAAUCUUACAAGUAGAAUUCUGGUAAAUUUCAAAUAUUUAAAAAAAUUUUUUUUUCAUACAAUAAAGAAAAUGACAGGACCGGCAAAUAACCUGCGUCUGGUAGAACUACCAAGUGGAUUUACUGCAAAAGUAUCUACAUUAUUAGACCAGCAACUUAAGGAAGCAAGAGAUCAGGGAGCAAGAGACUGUGAAGAAUAUAUUAUGAAAUGUAUGAUGGAACGUACGAGGGGAACUAUUUUUUAUUCUUUACUGGCAGUUGGGUUAGUAUCAUUGUAUUCUUGGUGGCAAGAGGAAGAGGAAGAGAAAGAGGAAGAGGAAAAAGGUUCUCAAAGACCAACUUUUAAUUUUAUACAGAUCAAUCUUGGUCACAAUCCCAACAAGAUUAAAGACUGAUUUUAAGAAUCUCGCGAGUAAAAUUCUAAUAAAUUUCAAGUCUGUCCUACAGCUUCUUUCAGGUAAAAUUAUUAAAAAAAAGUAUUUUCAUACAAUAAAGAAAAUGACCGAAGUAAAUCCAGAAUCUGUUCCGGUGACCAAACCUACAGAUCCACCGGGAAAAGUUAAAGAUCCACGUCGUGUCGAAGCGGGAAAGAGACUGGCAAAGAUUAGUCAACAGGCCAAAGCUGCGAAAAAAGCAAAGGCCGAAGAAAAUUUAAAAGCGGAAGUUCGUGGCGAAUGUGUGACGGAAAAUGGAAGUGGAUGGAUUUCCGUCGAUAGAUUAUGUUUGGUUUUAGGCGUUGGAAUCGGGCUGGGAUCGUUGUAUUUAACGUGGCGACGUGAUGAGAAAAAACCUGUGAAACAAGUGGAUGAAAUCGGAGAUAAUAAUGCGAACGAGGAUGUGGAAAAAGAUCCGCCGAAAGAACCGUUCGACGACUUGUUUGAUUGAAGAUUCCCAGACUUCUCUGAAUUUACAGCGUUUUAUGAGAAACUUUAUACGAUAAUAAAAGAGAAUGAGGUUAGAGAUUUUAGAAAAUUCAGCGAUCAUCGGGAAUAAUAAGAUCAAAACGCUUAUUCCAAAAGAUGGCGGAAAGAUAUACUUUAUGGCAAAAGAGGUUGCAUCUGCACUCGGAUAUAAGAACACCGUUGAUGCCGUUGCCAGACACACCGACGAAAGGUCGAGAAAUAUACUCAGAAAUAUACGAGCAGCGGGAAACACGCUCCUUUCCUCAAUGCAUCCCGAUACAGUUUUUAUUACCGAAUCUGGUAUCUAUGAACUUGUAUUCGGUUCAAAAUUACCCACUGCUAGGGAUUUCAAGUGGUGGAUAGUAGAUGAGGUUAUUCCGUCUAUUCGGAAAACGGGAACGUACACAUUACCGGGAGUUUUGAACAGAAUAAAAGGUAUCGAUGAUAUGGAAUUGUGUAAGCUUUCCGUUGGUGAUAAGGUAGAAGCAAGGGGUGAAUUUGUUCACAAGGGGAAUAUCGUUAAGGAUCCGGGAGCCGUUUCGCGUGGGAAAAAAGGUGGGCUGGCUGUCCAGAAAAAUAUCAGACGGACUAAGGAGAUAUCACGCGAAAGAGGAGCUAGGAUCCUCGAACUCGAAAAAGAACGGGAUGAUCUUGAAGAGGAACUGGAUGUCCUCACAGACGAACGGGACGGUCUCAUAGAAGAACGGGAUAAUAUUACAGAGGAACGGAACGGUCUUGAAGAAGAAUGGAACGACCUUAGGCAAAGGGUACACGAUCUCGAAGUGGAAAUGGAUGAAAAGGACGAAAGAAUUCGUGAACUCGAAGAUGAGAACGACGAACUUCGAACCAGUGAUAGGUGUUAAUAAAAAAUUUUUUAUUUCUUUCACUUAAGAAAUAAAAGAAUGUCUGAUACUAAGAAAGAGGUCUUCCAGAAUUUAUACGAUGCUGUGCUUCUAACGUCUGGAGUCGUUGGAAUUUCGUACGCGGCGAAAACAAUUGCGGGAAAAAGUUUGGGUGCACCGAUGACGUUAGAAGGAGCGAUGAAAUUAGGUGUUGCCGUGGCGGGAAGUUCUGUUGCCAUCGCCUACCUCAAAGACAAGGGUUACGUCCCAAAAACAAUCGGACAAUAAUAAACAAUGACAACCAAUUUAGUAGUCGGUGGAUUAUUCAAUGCGGUCGCCUUCGCAGGCGCAGGAUUUUUAUUUUCCCACUUGAAUCAAAACGGAUACAAAGAAGAAGUGAAAAGACAUAAUCAUGCGCUGGAAGAACUAGCCGCGGCCAAAGAAAAAUUUUACGAAUCCGAAGUGAAAAGACGGAACGAUGAAUUACGACGACGACAGGAAAUUCUGGAUGCGAAUCACGAUAUCGAAGAGACGAAUAAAGCGUUGGAUACACUGAGAACAUUCAACAGGCAACAAGAUUUAAAUGCAUUAGAUCGUAAACCGAAAUUCGAAGAUUAUUAUCAACCGUCGGACGAAAUGCAAAAAUAUUUAACGAUGACGGUUGGAAUUUUAGGUGUGGGCGGUGGAUACGUGCUGACGCGAAUUUUUUAAGCUGUAAAAACUUAAAAAAUUUUCCUAAGUCGUUACGAGAAAACAUUUUAACGUUGUUGCCUCGGUUCGGUUCGUUGCAUUUCCAGACGAACUUAUAUUCUUAUGUUCGAUACUAGAAACUGUGAUAACUCCACGACUGUAAUCAAACGAAAAGGAUGUGCGUACGAGAGCACUUCGUUGUGUGAUCGCGAACAUCACGACGUUGGCAUUACUUGUGUCGUAAAAUCCGUAAAAAGAUGAGUGAGAUUCGCCGUUUAUUUCGAAUCCGCCGACUUUAAAAAGAAUGAAUUUUGCCCUGUUCCGAUCGGUAAUAGAAAUUGUUCCGGUUCUGAGAAAAAGUCCGGCCGGAUAUCCAGGUAUCUGUCCUAGAUCAUACCGAACGUAAUUUUUUCCAAGAUCGUUAAGUUCAAUAAUACCGUUAACAUUCUUAACGAUCUCGGCCGAAUUUCCCUGCUGUGUUUUUUUAAUCUCCGUUACUUUUUUUUCAAGACUAUUAUCCUCGAAGUAAUCAUAACCAUUAAUAUACUCAUUUAUUUGAAUAGAAAAUAAGCAACUCCCAUCGAUGCAACGGCUAAAAUUUUCAGAGCGGAUGGAUUUUGUAAAUUUUUAUCUCUCGUAGGAUCUGUCGAAGUUUUCACGGGACUUGUUACUGAAUUUUUCACAGGACUUGUUACUGAAUUUUUCACGGGACUUGUUACUGAAUUUUUCACGGGACUUGUUACUGAAUUUUUCACGGGACUUGUUGGUUUUUUCACUGGAUUUGUCAGAGUCUUUGUAAAAUUCACCUCGUCAUUUUUUCCAAACGUCAUGCCACUUUUAGCCAACGUUAAAAUAUUAUUGUAACCUUUCAAAGGUUUUUGUAAAAUUCGCAUGUCGGACGGAAUGAGAAUCAGACCCGGCAUGAUGGCAAAAUUUAAGACGACGUUCGUAUCCGCGAUCGCCGUACGCAUGUUGCGGAUGAUCGUCGUGAUAUCGUUCUGAACGAUGCUGUCUUUUAAAACUUUUCGAAACACAUCCUGGGUCUGUAAACUUUUUGCACCUUGUCCCGUAAUACUCCACCGGGUUUUGGCCUGGGCUCCGAGAACGGCGUAGACGUAAACUUCCAGACUCUGUUGAAAUAACCGUUGUCCGAUCUUUGUUAAUCCGCGCGAUGUUUUUGGAAUGAAUAUUUUAUAAUCUUCUGUAUUUUUCGGAAGUCUUUUCGUUAAAUAGUCGUACGCGAUAUACGUUCCGCCGUACCGCGUACGAACGUAAUGAUGAUUCCGGAUUCUUUGUCGCGUAUCGGCAGGUAAUCCAUAAUACCACGUUCCAAGAUUGGCAUGCGUCGAUGCGGUUCGUCGUUCCCACGUUUCGGUUGUCGGCAUGUAUUUUUUCAAGAUGUAAAGAUCGUCUUCGUUUAAAUAAUGAUCCAUCAAUCUUGAAUCUUUCAUGAAUUUUUCCAUCUGAUAAUGAACGUGGAAUUUCACGAUGGACGUGAUCAGACUGGAAUCGGACAAGGUAUUAUUCAGAUGAUUUUCAGAAAUUCCAGAUUUAAAUGUCGCGAUGUAACAGGCUGCCAACGAUCGAAAAUAAGAAUUCUGAUGAUAGUCGAACGGGAUUAAAUUUACAAAAUUUCCCGUUCCCUUGUAUUCGGGUCUCGUAUAUUCUAGAUCCACGGGAAAAGAAUCUGUUUCCGAGACGUAGAUUUUAAACGUGUGAAAAUUUACGGCAAAGUCGAAAUUGGGACGAAAUAUCAUAUCGGAUUUAACAUUUCGCCAUCCAUCUUUCCAAUAUAAAUAUUUAGUCCAUUCUGGAUUUCCUAAAAAUGUUUCGGAUGUAAUAUCGUAACUGGUGAAUUCAUCCACCUUGUAAGAAAUUUCGGUCGAACUUAACGUUCCAUCUUUUACAAACGUCACGUUAAAUUCAAACUUAGAUAAUAUAGCAUUUGGAUAUUUUUGAAGAAAAUUAAUCUUGAGUUUCUGAAUUUCUAACGGAUAAGCUUUUCGAACCCUUUCGUAAUUUUUUCCGUAAUAGUCACGAAAAACUUGUUCUUCUCCUUCCAUCUUUUAUUUCUUAGAUGAUAUACAAAUCCAUUAAAGCAUUGCAGGGCGUAAUUCCAUCGAUAUUGGAUCUCACGUCGAAAUGAAGUUCGUGGUAAAUCCCUGCAUCGGCUUGCACUUCACUUUCGAUGUCAUUGUAUUUAGUCGUCGUGCCGAAUAAAGGUUUCGUUCCAUCGAUGGGAAGGGACGAUAUGAUACUACUGGGAUAGCCGUCGGGAUUUAUAUUUUGUGAACGGUUCGCUAAAUUACAACCGAUCGUCACAUAACGUAAUCCUUCGUGAAUAUCUACAGGAUGUUGACCCGGAUGUAAUUCCGUGAAUGUCGUAUAUCCUAACAGAUUACCUAAUUUCCACGGAUUAAAAGAUUUGACACUUUUUCCAAAUUUUAUUUGAAUCCGUCCAUCUGGAAAAUCUUCGACGACAAGACCGUGACUUUCUAAUUUUUGACGCAAUUGUUUAAACGUCCAGUAUCCAUUUUUCAACAUCACUUUUUUCUUAUCGACGGAAAAAUAAUCGUUGACGCCUUUACGGAUAUUUUCGUACGUCCAGAAUAAGGCGACUGUUUUUACGUAAAGUUUGGAUGUCGGUGUUAGAAUCAACGGACUCUGUAAUUUCAUCGUAGUUUCUCCGUCCCGAAUAAAAACUGUAAUCUUUUUCAUUUAUUAUAAAUGGAUUCUUUAGAUCUUGGUUUACGCGAACUGUAUUUUAACGUGAACGGUGGAUACAUGUCGAUGGAAAAACUUUAUCGGGAUGCAGUGGAAGAGAAUAUUCCCGGUGUUACACGUGAAAAAGUGAAAAAAUGGUUACAAACAAAAAAUACGUACGUCGUUCACAAACCGACGCGAGUUCACUUUAAAACGCAACGAACGUAUGUCGACGGACUUGCCCAGCAAUUACAAUUGGAUUUGGUAGAUAUGCAAACCUUCAAUCGUGCGAAUAAAGGUUACAAAUGGAUUUUAACCUCCAUCGAAAUUUUAAGUCGGUAUGCAUUUGCCGUGCCUGCCUACCGAAAAGGAACGGAAGAUAUGGUUCCAGCCGUUGAAAAAAUCCUGGAACAAUUCCACGAAAGAUUUGGACGCUAUCCAAAAGUCGUUCAAUUUGACGAAGGAAAAGAAUUUUACAAUAAUGGAGUUAAAGGUCCAUUGGAAAAACACGACAUUCAUUAUUUUUCAACGCGACUGACCGGGAAAAAAGCAGCGAUCGUCGAAAGAUUCAACAGGACGUUAAAAACAAGAAUGUGGAAAUAUUUUACCGAACAGCAAUUUACGACCAAAUCUAAAAAAUGGAUCGACGUCCUGGAUAAUUUUGUUGCGUCGUAUAAUCAUUCCAAACAUCGAACCAUCGGUAUGAAACCUGCCGAUGUGAAUGAAACCAAUAAAGAUAAAGUCUGGAUGAAACUUUAUGGUUAUCCGUUAUCUCACUUUCCAGAACCAAAAUUUAAAGUUGGAGAUCGUGUUCGAAGAUCUGAUCUAUCGCGAUACUUUUGUCAAAGGAUACACUUCAAAUUAUACCGACGAUGUUUACGUCGUGUCGGAAGUGUUUCGUGGUGAUCCAAACAUGUAUAAACUUAUCGAUCCCGACGAUGACGAUCGUGAAAUUCAAGGAAGAUUUUACGAACAUGAAUUAUCGUUGGAUCUAAGUAAGAAAUAAACUAUGGCUGAAUAUAUCGAACUUGAUGAUAUCGGACAUGAUUAUGAUUGGGAUACGUGGGAAGGGGAUGGAUAUGAAGAUACAAAUUUAAACGAUGACUUGUACGAUACGGCGCUGGAUGAUUUAGAUCGACAGAACGAUGAAGUAUGGUUAACAGAUUUUAAAAGACAGAAUGAAAAUGAUAGGUUCAAGGAUAGAAAAAAAGAAACCAAUUCCCUGUACACUACCGGAUCGUCUGUCGGUCUGAAAUCUGAAUAUAUGAAAAAACUUUUUGAGAACGACUAUCAAUUAAAUCCGAAUGAUGGACCUUAUUCGAAGGAUUUGUUUUCCAGAUUAAAUAUCACCCGCGGAUACUGGCUGUCAUUUGAUAAUAUUGAUGUUGCUUUCAUCGAAAAAAAUGGGGAAUACAAACUAUCCACAAGUCAAAAUGUAACUGUUACCGAUAGCCAAAACAAUUUUAGAUCUGCCUUUGAAAAAGCAAGGGAAGAACAUCGAAAUAAAUUCAUCAAUAUCGCGGAAGAAGAAAUUCCAAAGGGAAAUUCACCAAUCAUCAGCGAUAUUUCUAACGAUGUACGCGAUGAAAUUCACAAUGAAAAUAUCAACGAUAAUUUUGAAUUUCACGAACGGGUUUUACAGUUUCACCGUGAUGGAAAAUUCACCGAACAGGAAGCCAGGGAACUGGUUGGAAUUACCGUUCCUAAAGGUGAACCUAACGAACGAAUUAAAUUUUUAAAAGUAGAACGUCAAAAACUGAAAACAGAUUUUGAUACCGAAUCCGAUGAUGAACGCAAAGAUAUUUUUCGCGAAGCGUUAGAAAUCGCCGAACAAAAUAUCGACGAUGCAAGACUGGAAAUGCGCGAACGUCCCGAAUCCGAAGAAGGUGUGCAUCGUGUCCGAGAAAAAGUUCGCGAGGAUGUACGGACGAGAUUUGAGAAAUUUAAAAUCUGGGCCAGAGAAAAUUUAGGAGUUUUAUCUGCGAUCGCUAUUUCAAUCGCUGGAAUUAUUACGACUGUCGUCGUCGCCGGAAAAAAGACGUUGGUCGGUGCUGCAAAAGGCGUGGGCGAAGUUGGAAAAGCACUGGGGAAAAUUGAAUAUGCUAGCAACCGUUUUAAAAUGGGGUGCGAAAGGAAUAGAAUUUCUUGCGAAAAACUUAUGGAUUCUUGCUAUUCUCAUCGCAGGAUACUUGUACAAUUAUUUCACGAAGAAAAAAUAAAAAUUUCUUUUAUUUCCAUAAAGUAAAAGAAUGGAAACACGUACCCAAGAACUUAAUCCUAGUUUUAGUCGUCGAUCCAGAACGGAACUGACGGGAAACCGAACGCGACAUUUGAUCACGUUCAAUCCAAAUUCGGCGAAACCCGGGGAAGAAAUCUACGUGAAUAUCCCCAAACUCAAACCGGAUUCUGUUCUCGUUCCCGAUAGUAUGGCACUGAUCUUUGACUUUAAAAAUGCCAACGAAAAAUCAUGGUUCCGGAAUAAUUUGGGAAAAUUAUUGCAAAAAAGAUUAGAGAUUCGUCUCGCCGGUGAAAAAGUCUACGAUAACAGCGGUGAAAGUUUACUGGAAAUUUACAAGGACUUGUGGAUGGAUGAAAAACAACGGACGGAUAUGAUUCAGGAUGGAAUUGCAACCGAAGCCGUCCGUAAAAAAAUCUCCAAAGACGAUGAAGCCAAUGUCGAUGCCGAUGCGACUGCAUUGUUUGGAAUCUUCGGAACAAAACAACGGUUAAAAAUUACAAAGAUUUUAGGCGAUCACGGAUUGUAUGCACCGUAUCAUUCCGCCAACGAUCUUCAAUAUGUGAUCACGUUACCACAAGCCUCCGAAAUCAUGAAUGCACAAGGUGGUGAAACCGUCGAUGGAUAUUCCUUGGAAAAUUUAGAACUGGAGUACGAAUCUAUCGAAAAUGUGAAUCUCGCAAAAAAAUCCGAGAAUCUCUACGGAGCCGAACGUGAAUUAUCUUUCGAACAUGCGACGUUGAUGAAAAAGACCGAGUGGGAUAAAAGUCUGACGAUCGUUAACGAAACCGUCAAUCGUCCACGACGAAGUAUGAAAGCCGUCGUCAUGCUAUUCACGGAAAAAACUCCGGCCGAUAGCGAAGAAUAUGUCUUUCCGAAUAUCGACAGAGUCAAAGUCACGAUCGAAGGUGUUCCGAAUGUUGUGUACAGUCAGGGAAUAACGAAGACGAGGAUGUACGAAGAAGCCAAACGUCUUUUUGGUACCGAUCCGAACGGACAACAGUCUAUGAUCAAGUUUUACAAAGAUAAAAAAUUUGCAUUGGUCAUCGACUUACGGACGGCAAACGAUGCAAAAACGUACGGAAACGGAGUGAAGAUUCAAAAUACACAGUCCGGAAUUUUAAUCGAAAUUACGAAAAAAGCAACGACCGCCAACGUCAUCUGUUACACGUUCGUUCUUUCGGACGGUGUGAUUAAAAUGGUCAAUGGACAAUUGAGCGGGGUAAAAUAUUAAAAUAUCGCGAUCUUUUUCAUAUUUUUCACGAAAAUAUGAAAAAAUACCAAGAGUUCUGUUUUUUCAUCCUCUUCCUUCACAUCUUCCGUACCUUUUCUUUUUCCAUUCACAUGUUUUAUCAACGUCACACCGCCGCUUACAAAUCCCAAGUAUGGAAUGUACGGUGAUAUUUUUUCCACGAGACUUUUCACGUCGCUUUUUAAUAAUUUGUCUUGAUUUAAUUCUUCUUUUAAUUCAUCACCGCUAUCGAUCAUACGAAGAUUUUCCAGUAAUCCCGAAAAUUUUUCGAUCAAUGUUUCUGUUAGAAGAACGUUAGCUUUUUCACGUUGAUUCAAGAUGUAUUCCCGUUUAAUCUUGAAAAUAACUUUUGGUGUUGCUUUUUUUAAAUAAGCUUCGGAUUGUGUAAUCUCACCCGUAUUCGAUAACCGGAUUAAUUCGGCCAGCGUAUCCUCGAAGAUUUCUUGUUCCGUCCUUUCAUGUGUCGUAUUCUCUUCUCCUUCCAUUACUUGUACUUUAUUUCAUACCGGUACGGAUGAAUUAAAUUUAUUUCCAAGUACGAAUAUUUAUUCUCUUUUAAACUUUCACGAACGGAUUUUAAUUUCUGUGGAUCCUCGUCCCCCAAAUAUUCGUCCAGGAUAAUUUUCAUAUCCUGUCUGUUGGAAUUGUAAAAUGUUACCAGUUUCUGAAUAUUCUCACGGUACGGUUUGGAUCGAUGUCAACUGUUGUGUAAUCACGAUCAUUGAAAUCUUACGAUGACGUGCACCGAAUCCUAACGAUACCAAUUCGCUCGUACGAUUCUUAACGGAUUUUGUACUGGCACAAUCGUCCAGGAUAAUCAAUGCGUUAUCUUUUCCCGAUGCAUAAUUCACGACGGAUUUUAACAAAUCUUCCACGUCGUCGUGAUGACACGGAAUAACAAAAAAGUUGGGAUCGUUGUAAAUAAAAUUCUGGUCGUAUGUCAUAUUCCAAUGAUACGUCGGACAGAUUAAAAAGAUUUCGGAAAAUUUAUGAAAAUACGUCGUCUUCAACUCUUCGAUCAGAUAAUGUGUUUUUCCACACGCCGUCAUUCCUACGAUAAUCAUAUUAAACGGGUUCAUUUAUAAAAAAGAUGGGAUGUUUUUCUUCAAAAUCUAAAAGUUGCGUAAAACAUAAUAAGAAUCAUAAGAGACGUAAAAUGUUUAGUUUAGGAUUCGGGUUCGAUCGCGGGGAUGCAACGACGAGCAUUCAUACACAGAUCGGAUAUGCUAGUACGACCGUUAAAAAAUACGAUGGAAUAAAUGAAAUUACUCCUGUGGAGAAUCCUAUUGUGGACGAGUCUAAUCGCUUGUCUUCUGAUCCCGAUCACGUUCGAACUGUUGCUGGUAAUGAUCAUCCUGAAUAAAUUUUAAUUUUUAAUAAAAAAAUUAAAAAAUUUCUCACGCGGACGGUGUAUAAACCGGUAAUUCUUCUUUUUUCUUUUCUUUCUCGCGACACAUUUUUAUCAACUUUGUACAUACGAAUAACAAGAUGGAAAAUGCAGACGAUGCACAGAUGGCACACGUUGCAUAUAAAACGUCGGCUUCUCUUUCCGUUAAUCUAACGUUCGGAAUUUCCGUUUCGUUACUGCCCGCUAAUUUCAUCGCCGAAUAUAAAACUGUCGUUGCUGGAUUCAUUCUUUUAUUUAAUAAAAUUUUAAUGUUUUUACAUUAAAAUUUAUUUUUUUUUUAAUCUCGUAAAAGUCUUUUUCUCGGUACCCUUGGUCUUUCUUCCAAUAUACUGGCUUCGUAUAAUUUUACCUGAAUACAAGUUGUCUUGUCGGAUAAAAAGAUUCCGUCGAUUCGAACGAUCGCAUCGAGAUGAAAUCUCUUAUUCAAAUAUUUUUUAGGAUCGACCGGACCGUCUCCUUUCGGUUCGUAGAUUUCCGUUUCGUCAUCGAUCUUAGGAUAUAAAACGGGAGCGUUACCUUUUCGAUAAAGACAUUUCAUUAUCUUCUCGCCCGACUUAUCGACAUGCUUCGCACAUUCUUUUUCGAUUAAUUCUAAAACGGAAAUAAACUCCGGCUUUUCCCAAAGGGAUAGGGAAACGGAAAGAUUUUCCUUACCGUACUUGUUAUUUUCGUCCACUCCGUACGACAAACAAUCCGUAACCUUCAAGAGAAGAGGACCUCGAUCGCAUGCCGUUAAUUUAAUUUUUCUGGAUCCGAACCUGUUUUCAACACCAUCUUCGAAACGGAACGAAUCUUUGGUAAAGUCCCGGACUUUGGUGAUUGACAUUUUCCUUUAUUGUAUAUUUCAAUUUUUUUCCAUACUCCGAACGACUAUGGAAAAAAAUGGCAAGUAGCAACCUCGGAUUUUUACGAUCUUUUUCUUAUACUCUUUUUAUUUCUAUAAGGUGUUGAAAAAAAAUUUCACAAACUUAUGAUUUUUUUCAUCAAUCUUGGAAAAAAGUCUUGGGGACGAGGUCUUGAAAAAAAAAAAAAUCUUGAGAAAAUCCUGGGGAAGUCUUUGGAAGACUUGGGAAAAAUCUUGGAAAAGACUUGGGGAUAAGUUCUGGGAAAAGUAUUGGAAAUAAGUUCACGGGAAAGUCCAGGGAAAAUCCCGGAAAGUCAUGGAAGGAUCUUGGGGACAGGGGGGUCCUGAGGAUUGGGUCCAGGGUGGGAUAGGGGGCUAAAGGGCCAAGAGGAUGAAGGGCUGAAGACACUAUAUUUUGUAUAACAUGAAGUUUGGCCCUGAAACCCCCGUUUAACACUACUACCCUGUAUAUGGCGUAGAAUUUUAUGCUGUUUAUAACCAUACUAAAAUUGUCCUGGGGGACCAAAUUAUUUAUAUGCGUUUUUCGGCUAUUCUCAACCCGGGCUGACUCGAUUCCGAGCAACAGACUGGAGCAGAAUGUAUUUUUGGCGCUUAUAUCCCUUAUAGACCCCAUACGAUUAUAUCCCUUUUAGUUUUGGCGCUUAUAUCUUUCAGUAUACGAUUAUAUCCCUUUUUAUCAGGGAUUUAAUAACCGUAUAGCAAUUUAAUUCUGCCUUAAAGGCGUUUUCUUCCUUUUUUGAUAGCUAUCUUGUACUUGAAGAUCUACUGGACCAAAAUAUUCGGCAUCGAACGCCAACGCCAUACCUUUCGCGCAACUUUGAAUACAUUGCGACAACAUCGGAGUUGAAAUCUACAUUUUUAUAAUCCAUCUCCGUCUCAUAAUCCUUCAGAGAAAGGAUUAGGUGAUCAAUAAUUUCAGACCACCACUGAAACGCGGGUUGAGCAUUUUUUCUUUUGGUUUUGGACCGUUUUUACUCGCCAUACUGUAUGAUUUUAUAUGUUUGUAUUGAACAGAGAGCACGCAAAAUGUUGAAAUGCGAUAUGACGCUAGGUGCAAAGUUCACAAUCAGGAAUUUACCACACUUUAUUACAUGAUCCCGGGUCAAGCCAACCCGGCUUUACAUGAAGAAAUGAGUAAACUUUUCACGCGUUCACACCUAGCCAACCCAGGUCGACCCGGGUCUCGAGAAGGGUGCCACGGGUUGGCGAGGUGUGAAAGGUUGACCCGGCUAUCGUGUAAACGCUAAUAGAGAUUUAUUCGUAGACGGGUUGGCCCGGGUUGAUAGUCAACCCGGGCUCGUGUAAAGGGGGCCUAUGUCGAGGUCUCAUUUUCUGAUUACCUAUUCUAUUUAUUUUAACAUAUAUGGCGUAGAAUUUUAUGCUGUUUAUUUAAAACCAGUGGGUUCCAAUUAAUGCCCAAACUGCAACUAAUAUAGUACCCAUAUAGCAACAUUUUAAUAUUACCGCCCACAAAUGAAGGCUGAGAAGUAAGUGUCACGUCCUUCACCAAUGUCUGUUCCCGCCACUUCACGUUGCUUCCGGCGCCCCUGAUCAGUACAAUGAAAGUUUUUUCGUUGCUAUGAUUGCUGGAAGUUUUGUUGUCUGCUUUGCAUGAUUUGCAGUGUGUAAUAUUCUUCAAGCUUCAAUAUUUAAAUAGUUGUGUAUUACAAGUUUGCUUUCUUUGCUCAUUUAAUCUGAAACACACGUGUGGCAGAGCCUUCUUUUAAUUUUUUUCUCUGAAAACAACUUGUUGGCCAACCAACGAAUAAUAUAACACCCUCUUCCUCAGGCUAGACCUGCCUUAACUGGACUUGCUUAAUUUGGUUCAUUUUGGGCUGGUGUAAGUUUCUUAUCAUGCCUGUGUUUUACAACAAUUUCGUUACAGACCUUUCAAUUCACACAGUUUCAUCGUGUGCAUACGAUUUUAAGUCUAAUCUCACGAUCUCUCUGAAAUUCGGCCUCUCUGAAAUUCAUCUUGUAUCCACGGUUGUGUAGAUCGAACAUUUAUAAACAUCUGUAGCAGCUCUGUAUAAUAUUUGUUUCUACCCAUUGAAUGUACGUAGUACCAAAGAUUGAUUACGUUAUUAAUCCUACAAGCUCGUACCUAUAUCUAGCACUUAGCUGUAGUCGCUCUGCAUGUGCUCUCCACAACUUCAGGUUUUUUUCUUUCCAGUCUGCUAUGAAUAGUUUUCGUCCCCGAAAAAGCCUAAUUUUGGGAUAAUAAUAAGAAUUCUAUUAUAAUUUUUAUAUAUUCUGAAUUUGUUGUAUGAUAUUAAUUUAAGAUGUAUUUUCUUAUUGUUAGAUGUUACAAGACCCACGCAUGGUAUCCCGAUUGUCCGAAGGGUGCUAAAUACAUUGUUAUUUACCGUGAACCAUGUGCUGCUUUCAACAGCUUCUUUAAUUUCUUUCAGGGUUGGAUGUUCCAACCUGGAGAAGUUUCACUUCAUGAAUUUGUAAAGGAUUUUUUGCUCGCUCGUGAAGUACCACAAAACAAGAUGGAAAAUGCAUCCUAUUUCGUCCACUUGAUUAGCUGGUGGGAACACAGGAAUGAUUCGAAUGUUUUGUUUCUGUUCUUUGAGGAUAUGAAAGAUGAUUUGGAAAGUGUAGUUAGGAAGACUGCAGCAUUCAUAGGAAUUCGGGAUGAAGAAAAGAUUGAGAAGGCUGUGGAAAUGAGCUCUUUUGAAUUUAUGAAGGGAAACCAGAAGAAAUUUUCAGCGAUGCGCAUCGCACGUUAUCGGAAUGUAGCUUGCGGGGUACCACUUGAUGUUGUGCCCAAUAAAGUUGUCACAGGAUCUGCAACAAAAGGACGAGAGUUAAUGCAUGAUAAAACGAAAGAAAUAAUUCAAGGAAAGUGGCUGGAAGUUGUUGCUAAACAAACUGGAUUUCAAGAUUAUAAUGAAUUGAGAAGUGCAUUCAAAAAGAAAAGAUAAUUAAUAAUUUAAAAAUAUAUAUAAAAUUGUUUUAGUAUUUCGGAAACUAUAGUGAUUAGGGGGUGUUGACGUAGGUGACAUAUCACGUGAAUUUUCUAUAGGUGCUAUAAAUUUAGUCAUUGGGGACAGACUUAUUGAUAACUUAUUAAUGUACUUGUUGGUGUUAUGUAAAAACUAUCCUAAAAACGAACAAGUUUGUGACUUUGUGAAAGUGUGGACUUCUACAAUGUGUUCCUCACAAGUACACAGUUUGGUAUUAACAAAUGAAAAUUGUAUACAGUAGCAGUAUCAAAUCCCUUAUUCGCAUGCUGAAAUUGUAAAAAUAUGCCCUUGGCUGGGAUAGAUAGAUAGACAGUUUAUUAAGAUAUAUCAUUGCAGCCAAAAUGGCUGAAUUGUAUAUAUAAAAUUCACACAAUAUAAAAGUUAAAAGUGAUUAAAAUAGUGAUAAGCUAAUUUUACAUGUAAUAUCCAAUAAGUAUAUAUAAACU